UUUUAACCAAACCGGAUCCAAAACAAAAAAGGAACCCCUCUCAAACCCGACGUCUUUUAAUCUCUCUUCGUAAGCUCCUAACACAGUAGCAAACAACGAGAGAGACGAUCGAUUCAAAUUAUCAAUUUUAAUUAAUUAAAUCAGAAACAAAAGACGACGAUGGAGAAAGGUAAAGGAGUAAUGGGUUCAGGCCGUCGAUGGGCUGUUGAUUUCACUGAUAAUUCAACUCUUCCCGCUUCUCGUGACGUUCCGGAUCCUCCUGGCUUCUCUCGUGCCUCUCCUGAUCAGGAUGAUUCGACAGUGACAAAGCAGAAAAAAGAUGCUGAAGCUACUUGGAAAUCUCAGAAAGCUUGGGAAGUGGCACAAGCCCCUUUCAAGAAUUUGAUGAUGAUGGGAUUCAUGAUGUGGAUGGCUGGAAACACAGUGCACCUGUUCAGCAUUGGUAUUACAUUUUCAGCUCUUUGGCAGCCCAUCAGUGCUCUUCAAGGGGUUGGGAAAGUUUUUGAACCAUACAAAGAUAGCAAAGUAGAUCUUAACGGGCCUAAGUUGCUCUUUAUUGCCCUUAAUUUGGGAGGUCUUCUACUCGGAUUUUGGAAGCUUAACUCAUUGGGGCUUCUUCCAACACAUGCAUCAGACUGGGUCUCUUCCUUGCCUCCUGCUCAGGAGGUUGAAUUUUCAGGCGGUGGCUUCUUUAUGCGUUAAAUUCUGUUUGUAUUGCGGUCGACAAUCAAUCGAGGGAUAUGGGAGGCACAAAGAUCCUGACAGAUUAGGGCUUAUACAUCAGUAGCAGGAUUUGAUUAAUAUAGUGAAUUGGACCAUUGAGGAACGCUGUAUUUCCUUUUAUUUCUUUGCUUUUUUAUGUCCUUUUUGUUAAGGUUUUUUUUCAGAAGUGUUAAUUAUAUGGAUUAGAGAAGCAAAUGAUAUGAUUUUUGUCUGCCUUUUA